GGGAGAGCGGCGCCGGCAGCCAAGCACCCGCGGGGCUGCCGCCGCCGUGCCCGGGCCCCGGGCAGCCGCGAGGAGGGGGCUUGUCACCGGCCACCGCCAGCGAUGUUCUCACGGAAGAAACGCGAGUUAAUGAAAACGCCCUCAAUAUCUAAGAAGAGCCGGGCAGGGAGCCCGGUGCCACAGACCCUGUCGGACCUGUCCCGCAAGGAUUGCCUGGAGGCGCCCAGCUCCAGCCUGGGGGACCUGUCCCCCGGCAGCACCAAGCUCAGCAGCAGCCCCAGCGCCGUGGGCACCCUCAAGCGCCCCACCAGCCUCAGCCGCCAUGCUAGCGCUGCCGGCUUCCCCCUCACUGCCGCGGCCCCCCGGGCCCUGCCCAAGGGGCACAAGACUCCCACGUCCUACAGCCCCAUGGACGGCGGCGAGGGCCCCUUCAUCGACGUGGAGGACAUCUCCCAGCUCCUGACGGACGUGGCCCGCUUUGCGGACGCCCUGGAGAACCUGCGGGACGUGGUGCUGCGCGAUGACCCCAAGGAGUCCCAGCGGCCGCAGGCCCACGAGUGCCUGGGAGAAGCCCUGCGCAUCCUGCGCCAGGUCAUCAACAAGUACCCGCUGCUCAACACCCUGGAGACCCUGACGGCCGCAGGGACCCUCAUCUCCAAAGUCAAGGGUUUCCAUUACGAAUCCAACAAUGAGACAGACAAGCGGGAGUUCGAGAAGGCUGUGGAGACCAUUGCAGUGUCCUUCAGCAGCACUGUGUCCGAGUUCCUCAUGGGGGAGGUGGACAGUAGCACCAUCCUCUCCAUCCCACCUAGUGACCAGAACCAGUCUAUGGAGAGUCUCUACGGAGGGAUUCCUGGGCCUGGAGGAGAUGGCAUGCCAUCUGGCAUGGAAAGCUAUGACACAGUUCGCCCACUCGCAGAGGAAGUGGAUGUCAUGCUGCAGCGGUGUGAGGGUGGAGUAGAUGCUGCCCUCCAGUAUGCCAAAAACAUCUCCAAAUACAUGAAGGACCUCAUCACUUACUUGGAGAAAAGGACCACGCUCGAAAUAGACUUUGCCAAAGGGCUUCAGAAGAUGGUAAACAGCUGCAAGCAAACCAUCACUCAAGAGACAAAUAUGCCAUUCCUGUCGAUCUACUUGCUAGCUCUGGAGCAGGACAUGGAGUAUGGGACAUCAGUUCUGCAAGCUGCCAACACCUUACAGCACCAAACCUUCCUUCAGCCACUAACAGUGAGACGCCUUGAACAUGAGAAGCGAAGGAAGGAGAUCAAAGAGCAGUGGCACCGGGCACAGAGGAAACUGCAAGAUGCAGAGGCCAACCUGCGCAAGGCCAAACAGAUAUACAUGCAGCGCUGUGAGGAGCAUGAUAAGGCAAAGUACAUGGCAGUGAAAGCAGAGGAGGAACAGCAGAACACCACCAGCAGCAUCACCACCAAAGCCCUGGACAAGAAGAGGCGGCUGGAAGAGGAAGCCAAGAACAAGGCAGAUGAGGCAAUGGCCACGUAUCGGACAUGUGUUGCGGAUGCAAACACUCAGAAGCAGGAGUUGGAGGAUACUAAGGUGAAUGCCUUGCGGCAGAUCCACGAAGUGAUCAAACAGAGUGACCAGACCAUCAAACUGGCCACGAUCUCCUUCUACCAGAUCAUGCACAUGCAGACGGCUCCGCUGCCUGUUUACUUUCAGACACUGUGUGAAAGCAGCAAACUCUACGAUCCUGGGCAGCAGUAUGCCUCGCACGUCAAACAGCUGCAGCGAGGAGACGAACCUGAGAUCCAAUACGACUUUGAGCCCUAUGUGUCACACAACGCCUGGUCCCCCUUUAAUCGAACACGGAAAGGAAGCUUCAAUGCCAAUGACUUUGCAACAAACGCCAGCCCAGAUGGAGCUGGGCUGCCCAAAGAUGCCUCCAUCUCAGAUGGAGGGGCAGGGGUCAAGGAGCAGCAAAGCGGAGCUGUGGCAGUUGACAGGAGAGGUGGGAGGGGACACCAGGUUCAUAAAUCUUGGCCAACCUCCAUUACCGAAGUGGACAGCAGCCUGGAUUCAAACGCAGGUGAAUUCAGCCAUAAACUCCAGCGAUUGUCUUCCAAUGGCACUAUGUCCUCCAGUGAGGAGCUGGAAGAGAAGGAUGAGAAUGCUGCCUCCUUUGAGCAGAGCAUCAAUGGGAUCACCCCAGAAAUGACUGCUCCAACAGGACCUUUCCGAAAUGUUGGCUUAUCCAAGGCUGCCCAGACUCAUCGGCUGAGGAAGCUCCGUACCCCUUCCAAAUGUCGGGAGUGCAAUAGCUACGUUUACUUCCAGGGAGCAGAAUGUGAGGAGUGCUACCUCGCCUGCCACAAGAAGUGUCUGGAAACUUUGGCCAUCCAAUGUGGGCACAAGAAACUCCAAGGGAAGCUGCAGCUUUUUGGGCAAGACUUCACAAAGGCUACUCAGAGUAGCUCAGAUGGCAUCCCCUUUAUCAUCAAGAAGUGUAUAUCUGAGAUUGAGAAGCGGGCACUGAAAACCAAGGGCAUCUACCGAGUUAAUGGUGUAAAGACUCGUGUGGAAAAGCUUUGCCAGGCAUUUGAGAAUGGGAAAGAGCUAGUGGAGUUAUCCCAGGCUUCCCCUCAUGAUAUCAGCAAUGUCCUGAAGCUCUAUCUGAGACAGCUGCCAGAGCCCAUUAUGCCCUUUCGCAUGUACAAUGAACUCAUGGGCCUGGCCAAGGAGAGCUUACAAGGCAGCAGCGAGUCCAAAGGCAAGAGCGGGAAAGGGGGUCCUGAUCUGGUGGACAAAGGAGCCGACACAGACAAGGUGGUUGUGACUCUGGUGUUGAAGCUGAAGGAGCUGCUGAAGGAGCUUCCUUGGGAGAAUAUGGCCACGCUCCAGUACCUUCUGCAGCAUCUGAGAAGGAUUGUGGAAGUGGAACAGGACAACAAGAUGACCUCAGGCAAUCUGGGCAUUGUCUUUGGGCCAACACUCAUGCGUCCAAGGCCCACAGAUGCAACUAUUUCCUUGUCCUCACUGGUUGAUUAUCCCCACCAAGCUCGCAUCAUUGAGGCACUCAUCAUCUUCUAUACGACCAUCUUUGAGAACAACGAUACCACACUGCUGGCUGAUUCCAGCAAAUAUGCCACAGAUGCUGAGGAGGAGGCAGCCAGCUGCUCUAAUGUGCAGGACACAAGCUCACAGCCUGCAGCUCCUCAUGGCAGCAUUCCCUGCCUAGAACUGCCUUCAGAGAAGGGGAAUUUGGAUUACAGUGCAGACUCAUACGGAGAGUCUGGCAAUCGCUCAGUUGAUUCUGACUCUGAGCUGGAAGACAGCGGGGAGCUGCUGGCUGCUGCAGACAGAAAGCCAAGAAUGCAGCUCACAAAACAGGGGAGCGAGACAAGCACAGAUGAAGCUCAGUUCUGCGAUGACGGGAGCGAGGGACAACGGAGCCGAACAUGCAGCACAGGCCAGUCAGAUGCGGAAUACACGGCUUCCCACUGCCUCAGCCCCCCAGGAGAAGAGCAAAGUGAUCUGGAAGAAUAUCCCGAAAGCAGCCCCUCUGCUGCUCACACGGACUACAACACAAACCAAUCCAAUAACACAUCUAUGCCUGUGACUGCACAGGGCACCAGCUGCUGCACAGUAUUUAGCAACAAGAUGCCAAAACAGCCACAAAGUCAGGCAGUGAGCAGCAGCCCAGGUUUAUCUAAGCAACCUAGCAAGAAUGCCACGGACACUGGGAUGGGGCAGAGGAGCAAAACCCAGGAGUUACCCACACACAGCUAAGCAACAUGCAAUGCUGUGAUGUUUUGGGAGGAGGAGGGACAGCACAAAGUCACAGGUCCGCUCAGGAGGGCUUGGUGUGUCAGCUGCAGGCAACAGUCAUCUCUGUUUAAUGACUGAAGCUUUCACACAAAGCCCCUGAGUCACUUAGCCCUCAGCAGGGAAAUGCAGAUCAGCUUCUCACCUGCUGGUAGCCACAGGACUGGACCUCUGUCUAUAAAGCACAUUUCUGUGAAAGGAAUGGAAGCAGGAGGGAUCUUUAGCUUGCUGUUGAAGACUGGAAAAAAACCCAGGCCUUUGCUCUACUAGCACCAGGCCACAAAUUUAAUCUUUGCUGCAUUUCUUAAUCCCAUACCUCUACUGCAGGAAGAGAUGCGCAGAAUUAAAGGAUCUUAUGAUCCAAACUGGCUGUAGCUUCAAGAGGGAAAACAACUGCCUAGAGAUGGUACAGGGAAGAAUACCCUGAAUACCAGGUAUCAGGGUCAAACAGAAACAGGUGGGAGUAAAACCCAGCAUGCUUUAAGGAUGCACUGCUUUGGACAGUAAAUGCUUUUCUUCUGCAGGACUUGGCUCCCUACUUGCUCUGAGUAGCAGGAGGUGCUGCAUGGCAAAGCAUCCUGCAGCAUCCAGGGAAACACAGGCACAACAGGAAGCCAUGGGAGCAGCACAGACAGACUGGGACAACUCCUAGCACUGCUACAUGCAGGCUGGCUCUUCAGCUUGGGAAAGAGCGCACAAGAAAGGGAAGAUCUUGCUAGAAGAGUGCUGGUUUCAAAGCAGCCUAGUGAAAGUCAGGCACACUAUCUUGAGUAUAGCAUAGAGUGCUUUAGGGCUGAGGCUGCACUCCUUAUCAAGGCCCUAGAAGGUACAUCGAGCAUUUGUAACUGACUGUACCAGGCAUCCAAAGUCCAGCUAUGAAUUUACUGCAAGAGCCUCAGUACUUCUAAGCAACACAGGGCUCAAACAGUGAUGUGCCUUUCCUGGCUCAGCUGACAGGUUUGCAUUGCUACUUGUAUUAAUGGGCAUUUUUUUUCUACUUGGCAGGAGCCACACAAAGAGCAAGCCACAGGCUAUAAACAAGCUCUAGGUACAGAUUUUCCUAGCUUCGUAGUCCUGAGCAUUACAUGAUCUCUCAGGUAGAUUUUUUUGCUUUGAAUAGACAUUAGGUCUUCAAGCUGCAACAGUCAAAAGUUGCAAAUCUAGCACUAGGCCUCUGCUCUUCCACCUGUCCCUGAGAGGAAGACCUGCUCUCUGUCCAGAUGCAAGGGGAGAUGUUUCCCCUACAGGACUGCCACUGCCUCAAUCAAUAAACAACCUGUGACAGAAAAAGGGUUGGGGGAAGGGUUGUUUUCUGUUUUUUCAGACUGGGGGGGAAGGAAGAAGGUUGCUUAAGAGAUGAUCCUUCAACACAUAUCCACUACCUCUGCUGACAAAAGAAGUUAAACAGGAUCAGCCAGAAUAUUUUUCAAAGCUAGACACUUUCCUGCACUGAAGCAUAGAAGAGAAAAGUAGAUACUAAGCUUGAAAGAGCUGAAAGCUGUUUCUUCUUAUUACUCUGCUUGUACACGGGUUUGGACUUUAUUCCUAUUGCCAUUGUUGAGUGUCCCUAGGCUCAACUCAGCAGGGCAUAUGCUGAAUAAAGACCAGGAGAUCCCUGUCCAAGUUAGAUGCACAAGGGCUAGCAUGCACAAGUGUCUAGAAGCCCAUAGCUCCUAUGAAACUGCACAGAUCCAAAGCUGUUUUUUUAAUGAACGAGACAAACCCUUCUCCAGCGAAAUGCUAGAUAUCAAAUAAUCUUUUGCUGACCUUUGUAAGUCUUAAGAGCACUCAGACAAAUAGUGGACAGCAAGGGGGAAAGGCAAAAACAAAAAUUUCAGCCUGUUUCAGGAGGUCAAGUGAGAAGCUAGAAUGAUAUUCCAGCUAAAAUAUAGUGGGUGGCACCUGUAGGUUAUACACACCUCAUUACUGUAAUUUGGGUCAUCGAAUAGAUGUCUGAGCCAGUGCUUAAAAGUAUCAAAUCUUCAUAACAGUGUAGAGAGCCUGGGCUUUACAAUUGCCAGAGUUCUCCAAGAUUAAUUUGAAGUGCAUCUCAGUACAGUAACUAAAAGGUACACAAAACAGAAGCUAACUACACAGUCAAGUAGUUUACAACUGAGCCAAAGAAGAGCUAGAUAAGACUUGUGAAACAUUCUUCCCCAUAGCUCUUCAACAAGAUGGUCAGAUUUUCCAGCAGAUCAUUUCCAUGGUAGCAAGAGAAAUCAUGCUGAUUCCCUCUUGCUACAGAACUACCACCACUGGCGGUACCAUUUGUGUUUGUGAGGAUGGAUGAUGGGUGAGUGUGAGUUAGGGAAGGGAAAUGCCCUUGAAAUCAAUGUAUUGCAAAAGCUGUGCUUGAGCUUCACAUGGUAACAGGCAUCCUUCUACAUGUAUAUGAAUUCAGCAUAGAGACAGUAAGGGGUGUUUGUUGUGACAUAUUUGUACUGCUGUAUGAAGCUGUGCUCUAUGUUUUGCUGUGUUCAAAUUAGCACGUCUUCAAGAAUAAAAUCAGUAUGUUCAAA